AGUCAGACACAGAGUUCUGGGACAAGAUGCAGGCAGAGUGGGAGGAGCUAGCGCGACGGAACUGGCUAACGGAGAACGAGCAGGCCCAGAUCCCCUCCAGUGUGUCUCCUCACGAGAAGGUUACUAUUCUCACCUUUUGACCUCUGUUAUCAUAGUAAUGUCUGUCUAGAUGCCCUGUUUAGAUGCCUAUCAUGUUCUACUUAAUGAAGGGGAAAUAAAGCCUGUGAACUUGAUGAUCUAGAGAUGAUCAUGUGCUGCACAUACACUACAUUAUGUACUGAUUUUAACCCGAUGCGGGUCAAUAGCUAGCCCAGAUUGUUUCAAACCUGGCACUCAUAAGCAUAUGCUUACUUUAGUGCAAUGGGUGCUUUGAUAUGCUUGAGCUACUGUAUAUAGUCUAAAUGAACGGACCUUUUUAUAUCAGCGAGAUUGAAGCAUAUCUGACUUUUUGAUUGAUCCCAAGUUCUAAGAGGAAGAGCUGUUUCAAAACUCGAGUUCAGAACUCGGCAACAACACACCAGGGUAAUUUCAGUCUGAAAAUGCAGAGUUUAACAUUUAACGAGACCGCAAACCCAAAGGACCUUUGUCCAGGUUUGAUGUUAAGCAGAAAGCCAGAAAAGAUAAAUUGGUGCUGAGAGUAUGCUUAAAUAUUCCAGUCUAGAGGACGGUCGUUCAGUGCAGCCAUUUAUUUGAAUACAGAGAGCUGACAUUGGUGAUUUAAAAAAUAUAUAUAUUAUUGGUGACAGGGAUACUACUUCCACAUGGACAACCCCUACAAGGACUGGCCAAACGCGUUUGAGGAAGGUCUUCGAAAGUCCAAAGAGGGAGACCUGCCCAACGCUGUGCUGCUACUGGAGGGGGCCAUCUUGCAGGACCCCCAGGACUCAGAGGUGAACAGGCACAGGGGGGGGCUGAUGAGAUGCAGGCACAGUAAACACACGCAUUACCAGCAUGACUUUCCCACAGGACCAUAAUGUACUGGCACCAACUGCCAAUCAGCCUGUUCAGACAACACCAUACAAAAAAAAAAAAAAGAACUUCACAAAUCAGGGCGCGUUAAGUGGCCGACGCUGAUUGCUAGUGGAGGACUGGGGUGUUCUACUGUUAGAGUUGUUUACUGCAGCAAAACUACCCAGUCUUCAACUCCAAAUGAGAAUUUUCAAUUUGCCCAAAGUGUUGAGUAAUAGCUAUUUUCUCAGGUUUUUCUCUCCUGCUAAUUUCAUCUCAAUUGUAACAGCAGCGACUUAUUACCACCCCAGAGGGCAUUAAUAGCAACAGAACUCGGGAAUCCUGUAAAAUAUACGUAACUGUGCCGGUUAUUCCAAGGAAAGGAUAAUCCCACAGUGUAUGGAACUAAUAUGAUUCUAAAAUUCCUGUUUAGUGGCUUAUCUUUGUGCUGUGGAGACCACUGGAUAGUUCGUAGAUAGUUUCACCCUUAUUUCCUCUCAUUCAAGACUUGAUUCAUAGCGUUGUGCUACAAAUUGAGUAUCAAUGUCAUUGCACAAAAUAAACCAGCACGCAGAUUAAACUACAUAGAUCAUAUUUGUUUGUUCACAGAGACUUUAACAGACUUGUCAUCUAGUCUGUUUGCGUUGCAGAUUCAGCUUGAACUCAUAGAUGUCUAAAUACACAUGGUACUCGGAGGGUAUGGAGAUUCAAAGUUGGGUUCCCCAGCUAAAAGGUGUCCCAUAACUCCCAUCCACAAUGCUGAACCAUGACCUUUCCAGUUCGUCCCAUACAUGAUUCAUCAAGCAAUAACUAAGCAUGACUCAUCAGGUACACUUAAUGAAUUUGGUUAGUUGCCAACGACUGAGAAGUCGUGACCUCAAUUAUCAUUCGAUGUCUCAGGUGAGCUGUUGCCAAAGUGGCAUGUACCCUGCAAUAUUAUCUCAUUAAUUGCUAUUGGCUCUUUAAAACGAUACAAUACCAGGAUGCUUCAUCUGAAUAGGAACUCCCAAUACCAGAGGGAGGGGGAGGCUCAACAAUCCUAAAUUAACUUGGAUGCCAUAGCACUAUUGUUAUUUUUUUCUGUCAGGUAGCUUAGUGGUUAAGAGCGUUGUGCCAGUAACCGAAAGGUCGCUGGUUCUAAUCCCUGAGCCGACUAGGUGAAAAAUCUGUCGAUGUGCCCUUGAGCAAGGCACUUAACCCUAAUUGCUCCUGUAAGUCGCUCUGGAUAAGAGCGUCUGCUAAAUGACCAAAAAAAAUAUAAUUUUUAAAUGAAAGAAGACAAACCUCAAAGCGAAUCACCUUGCAAUUUUAAUUGCAGCCAUUGUAUUUUGACGUGCCCUAACUUCACUUAAGACAAACCUCAGACAAAAGUUUGUAUUGCAGAGACUUUUUGAGAUGCAUGAUGCUUCCUAACUGUUGUGUUCUUUACCAACGGCAGAAUCAAUCUAUUUACCUGGUGUGUGAGCGGUACUGAGAGCACUGACUGACAGUGAGCCAUCCUAUGUCUCAGAGAGAGCUGAGCUCUGCAUCUAGUCCACACCGUCUCUCCUAACGAAGUCUCUCCUUAGAGAAGGUGGUAAGCCCAGGUGAUGACCCUGGUGAUGACUCCCCAUUGUCUCCCCAGGCUUGGCAGGUGUUGGGGACCACCCAGGCCGAGAAUGAGAAUGAGCAGGCAGCUAUCGUCUCCCUCCAGAGGUAAGGAGGUGGAACUGCACAAGGUGGUCCCAUAGGCACAACACGCCAAUACACUGCAUGCAUUUGCCACUUCUCUGUAGUUUCCAACAGCUGUCAGGUCCUUCAGGCAUGUAUAGCCAUCUUAGAUACAUUUAGAUAGAGGAAGUUAGAUAUGGUAUGUAAGGUAUUCAAAGCCCUGGACCUAGGCUACUACUACAUGUUGUUGAUUGGCUCUGUCUACAGCCAUUAAAUAUUUUGUAUUUGUAUUUAUUAGGGAUCCCCAUUAGCUGCUACCAAUUCACCAGCUACUCUUCCUGCGGUCCAAACACACUAAGGCACUUACAUUACGCAUAAAACAAAAGAUAAAACAGUACAUAAUCUAACGUUAUUACACCACUACAUAUCUACAAUACAAAAUGUAUAAUACCAUACCAUACAACAAUAUUACAAUGUACGUGUGUGUAGAGUGCGUGUGCCAGCGUGUGUGUGUAUGCAUGUGUCUGUACCUGUGUGUGUGUUUCUUCACAGUCCCCGCUGUUCCAUAAGGUGCAUUUUUUAUCUGUUUUUUUAAAUCUGCUUCUACUGCUUGCAUCAGUUACUUGAUGUGGAAUAGAGUUCCAUGUAGUCAUGGCUCUAUGUAGUACUGUGCACCUCCCAUAGUCUGUUAUUGACUUGGGGACUGUGAAGAGACCUCUGGUGGCAUGUCUUGUGGGGUAUGCAUGGGUGUCCGAACUGUGUGCUAGUAGUUUAAACAGACAGCUCGGUGCAUUCAGCUUGUCAACACUUCUUACAAAAACAAGUAGUGAUAAAGUAAAUCUCUCCUCCACUUUGAGCCAUGAGAGAUUGACAUGCAUAUCAUUAAUGUUAGCUCUCCGUGUACAUUUAAGGGCCAGCCAUGCUACCCUGUUCUGAGCCAAUUGUAAUUUUCCUAAGUCCCUCUUUGUGGCACGUGACCACACGACUCAACAGUAGUCGGGGCGGCAGGUAGCCUGUCGGGUAGGAGCGUUGGGCCAGUAACCAAAAGGUUGCUGGAUCGAAUUCCUGAGCUGACAGAUAAUGCAAUCCCUUUCCCACUUGGACAAGAGGAACACCUACGUGAGAAUGCUAUUCAUCGACUACAGCUCAGCGUUCAACACCAUAGUGCCCUCAAAGCUAAUCACUAAGCUAAGGACCCUGGGACUAAACACCUCCGUCUGCCCUUACCGCCCUCAGGUGGUAAGGGUAGGUAACAACACAUCUGCUAUGCUGAUCCUCAACACGGGGGCCCCUCAGGGGUGCAUGCUCAGUCCCCUCCUGUACUCCCUGUUCAUCCAUGACUGCAUGGCCAGGCCGACGACACAACAGUGGUAGGCCUGAUCACCGACAGCGAUGAGACAGCCUAUAGGGAGGAGGUCAGAGACCUGGCCGUGUGGUGCCAGGAUAACAACCUCUCCCUCAACGUGAUCAAGACAAAGGAGAUGAUUGUGGACUACAGGAAAGAAAAGAGGACUGAGCACGCCUCCAUUCUCAUCGACGGGGCUGUAGUGGAACAGGUUGAGAGCUUCAAGUUCCUUGGUGUCCACAUCACCAACAAACUUUCAUGGUCCAAACACACCAAGACAGUCGUGAAGAGGGCACGACAAAGCCUAUUCCCCCUCAGGAGACUGAAAAGAUUUGGCAUGGGUCCUCAGAUCCUUAAAAAGUUAUACAGCAGUACCAUCGAGAACAUGCUGACUGGUUGCAUCACCGCCUGGUAUGGCAACUGCUCGGCCUCCGACCGCAAGGCACUAAGGAAGGCCCUAAAAAUGUUCAAUGACUCCAGCCACCCUAGUCAUAGACUGUUCUCUCUGCUACCGCACGGCAAGCGGUACCGGAGUGCCAAGUCUAGGUCCAAAAGGCUUCUUAAAAGCUACCCUCAAGCCAUAACACUCCUGAACAGCUAAUCAUGGCUACCCGGGCUAUUUGCAUUGCUCCCCCCACCCCACCCUCACCCCCUCUUUUACGCUGCUGCUACUCUGUUUAUUAUCUAUGCAUAGUCACUUUAACUCUACGUACAUAUUACCUCAAUUACCUCGACUAACCGGUGCCCCCGCACAUUGACUCUGUACCGGUACCCCCUGUAUAUAGCCUCCCUACUGUUAUUUUAUUUUACUAUCUAUUUUUUACUUAACACUUUUUUUUUCUUCUUAAAACUGCAUUGUUGGUUAAGGGCUUGUAAGUAAACAUUUCACUGUAAGGUCUAAACCUGUUGUAUUCGGCGCAUGUGGCAAAUGAAAUGUGAUUUGAAAAAUCUCUCGUUCUGCUCCUGAGCAAGGCAGUUAACCCACUGUUCCCUGGGCGCUGAUGACGUGGAUGUCGAUUAAGGCAGUCCCCCCGCACCUCUCUGAUUCUGAGGGGUUGGGUUAAAUGCGGAAGACACAUUUCAGUUGAAUGCAUUCAGUUGUACAACUGACUAGGUAUCCCACUUUCCCUAGUCCAGGUGCGACAAAAUGAGGACCUGUGUUGUUAAGAAGGCAGAGCAGUGUUUUAUUAUGAACAGACUUCUCCCCAUCUUCAAAUCAAAUCAAAUCAAAUGUUAUUUGUCACAUACACGUGUUUAGCAGAUGUUAUAGCGGGUGUAGCGAAUUGCUUGUGCUUUUAGCUCCGACAGUGCAGUAAUAUCUAACAAUUACACAACAUAUACCCAAUACACACAAAAAAGUAAGGAAUGGGAUUUAAGAAUAUAUACAUAUAUGGACAAGCAAUGACAGAGCGGCAUGGACUAAGAUACAGUAGAAUAUUAUGGAAUAGAAUGCAGUGGGAAUGCAGGUUUUCCUACUUACAAAGCAUGUAGAGGUCUGUAAUUUUUAUCAUAGGUACACUUCAACUGUAAGAGAUGGAAUCUAAAACAAAAAUCCAGAAAAUCACAUUGUAUGAUUUUUAAGAAAUUAAUUUGCAUUUUAUUGCAUGACAUAAGUAUUUGAUACAUCAGAAAAGCAGAACUUAAUAUUUGGUACAGAAACCUUUGUUUGCAAUUACAGAGAUCAUACGUUUCCUGUAGGUCUUGACCAGGUUUGCACACACUGCAGCAGGGAUUUUGGCCCACUCCUCCAUACAGACCUUCUCCAGAUCCUUCAGGUUUCGGGCUGUCGCUGGGCAAUACGGACUUUCAGCUCCCUCCAAAGAUUUUCUAUUGGGUCCAGGACCUUGAGAUGCAUCUUACGGAGCCACUCCUUAGUUGCCCUGGCUGUGUGUUUCGGGUCGUUGUCAUGCUGGAAGACCCAGCCACGACCCAUCUUCAAUGCUCUUACUGAGGGAAGGAGGUUGUUGGCCAAGAUCUCACGAUACAUGGCCCCAUCCAUCCUCCCCUCAAUACGGUGCAGUCGUCCUGUCCCCUUUGCAGAAAAGCAUCCCCAAAGAAUGAUGUUUCCACCUCCAUACUUCACAGUUGGGAUGGUGUUCUUGGGGUUGUACUCAUCCUUCUUCUUCCUCCAAACACGGCGAGUGGAGUUUAGACCAAAAAGCUAUAUUUUUGUCUCAUCAGACCACAUGACCUUCUCCCAUUCCUCCUCUGGAUCAUCCAGAUGGUCAUUGGCAAACUUCAGACGGGCCUGGACAUGCGCUGGCUUGAGCAGGGGGACCUUGCGUGCGCUGCAGGAUUUUAAUCCAUGACGGCGUAGUGUGUUACUAAUGGUUUUCUUUGAGACUGUGGUCCCAACUCUCUUCAGGUCAUUGACCAGGUCCUGCCGUGUAGUUCUGGGCUGAUCCCUCACCUUCCUCAUGAUCAUUGAUGCCCCACGAGGUGAGAUCUUGCAUGGAGCCCCAGACCGAGGGUGAUUGACCGUCAUCUUGAACUUCUUCCAUUUUCUAAUAAUUGCGCCAACAGUUGUUGCCUUCUCCCCAAGCUGCUUGCCUAUUGUCCUGUAGCCCAUCCCAGCCUUGUGCAGGUCUACAAUUUCAUUCCUGAUGUCCUUACACAGCUCUCUGGUCUUGGCCAUUGUGGAGAGGUUGGAGUCUGUUUGAUUGAGUGUGUGGACAGUUGUCUUUUAUACAGGUAACGAGUUCAAACAUGUGCAGUUAAUACAGGUAAUGAGUGGAGAACAGGAGGGCUUCUUAAAGAAAAACUAACAGGUCUGUGAGAGCCGGAAUUCUUACUGGUUGGUAGGUGAUCAAAUACUUAUGUCAUGCAAUAAAAUGCAAAUUAAUUACUUAAAAAUCAUACAAUGUGAUUUUAGAUUCCGUCUCUCACAGUUGAAGUGUACCUAUGAUAAAAAUUACAGACCUCUACAUGCUUUGUAAGUAGGAAAACUGCAAAAUCGGCAUUGUAUCAAAUACUUGUACUCCCCACUGUACAUAUGAAAUGAGUAGUGCAAGAUAUGUAAACAUUAUUAAAGUGACUAGUGUUCCAUUUUUUUAAGUGGCCAGUGAUUUCAAUAGGCAGCAGCAGCCUCUAAUGUGCUUGUGAUGGCUAUUUAACAGUCUGAUGGCCUUGAGAUAGAAGCUGUUUUUCAUUCUCUCUGUCCCAGCUUUGAUGCACCUGUACUGACCUCGCCUUCUGGAUGAUAGCGGGGUGAACAGGCAGUGGCCCGGGUGGUUGAUGUCCUUGAUGAUCUUUUUGGCCUUCCUGUGACAUCGGUUGCUGUAUGUGUCUUGGAGGGCGGGUAGUUUGCCCCCGGUAAUGUGUUUGGCAGACCGCACCACCAUCUGGAGAGCCCUGCGGUUGUGGGCGGUGUAGUUGCCGUACCAGGCGGUGAUACAGCCCGACAGGAUGCUCUCAAUUGUGCAUCUGUAAAAGUUUGUGAGGGUUUUAGGUGAUAAGCCACAUUUCUUCAGCCUCCUGAGGUUGAAGAGGCUCUGUUGCGCCUUCUUCACCACACUGUCUGCGUGGGUGGACCAUUUCAGUUUGUUGGUGAUGUGUACGCCAAGGAACUUGAAGCUUUCCACCUUCUCCACUGCGGUCCCGUCGAUGUGGAUAGGGGGGUUUCCUGAAGUCCACGAUCAUCUCCUUUGUUUUGUUGAUGUUGAGUGAGAGGUUAUUUUCCUGGCACCACACUCCCAGAGCCCUCACCUCCUCCCUGUAGGCGGUCUCGUCAUUGUUGGUAAUCAAGCCUACUACUGUUGUGUCGUCUGCAAACUUGAUGAUUGAGUUGGAGGCGUGCUUGGCCACGCAGUCAUGGGUGAACAGGGAGUACAGGAGGGGGCUGAGCACGCACCCUUGUGGGGCCCCAGUGUUGAGGAUCAGCGAAGUGGAGAUGUUGUUUCCUACCUUCACCACCUGGGGGCGGCCCGUCAGGAAGUCCAGGACCCAGUUGCACAGGGCGGGGUUCAGACCCAGGGCCUCGAGCUUAAUGAUGAGCUUGGAGGGUACUAUGGUGUUGAAUGCUGAGCUAUAGUCAAUGAACAGCAUUCUUACAUAGGUAUUCCUCUUGUCCAGAUGGGAUAGGGCAGUGUGCAGUGUGAUGGCAAUUGCAUCGUCUGUGGAUCUAUUGCGGCGGUAAGCAAAUUGAAGUGGGUCUAGGGUGACAGGUAAGGUAGAGGUGAUAUGAUCCUUGACUAGUCUCUCAAAGCACUUCAUGAUGACAGAGGUGAGUGCUACAGGGCGAUAGUCAUUUAGUUCAGUUACCUUUGCUUUCUUGGGUACAGGAACAAUGGUGGCUACUGUUGUAUCAACAUGUUUGGACCAUGAGAGUUUACAAUCCAGGGUUACUCCAAGCAGUUUAGUCACCUCAACUUGCUCAAUUUCCACAUUAUUCAUUACAAGAUGUAGUUGAGGUUUAGGGUUUAUUGAAUCAUUUGUCCCAAAUACAAUGCUUUUAGUUUUUGAAAUAUUUAGGCCUAACUUAUUCCUUGCCACCCAUUCUGAAACUAACUGCAGCUCUUUGUUAAGUGUUGCAGUCAUUUCAGUCGUUGUAGUAGCUGACAUGUAUAGUGUUGAGUCAUCCGCAUACACAGACACACUGGCUUUACUCAAAGCCAGUGGCAUGUCGUUAGUAAAGAUUGAAAAAAGUAAUGGGCCUAGACAGCUGCCUUGGGGAAUUCCUGAUUCUACCUGGAUUAUGUUGGAAAGGCUUCCAUUAAAGAACACCCUCUGUGUUCUGUUAGACAGGUAACUCUUUAUCCACAAUAUAGCAGGGGCUGUAAAGCCAUAACAUAUGCGUUUUUCCAGCAGCAGACUAUGAUCGAUAAUGUCAAAAGCCGCACUGAAGUCUAACAAAACAGCCCCAACAAUCUUUUUAUCAUCAAUUUCUCUCAGCCAAUCAUCAAUCAUUUGUGUAAGUGCUGUGCUUGUUGAAUGUCCUUCCCUAUAAGCGUGCUGAAAGUUUGUCAAUUUGUUUACUGUAAAAUAGCAUUGUAUCUGGUUAAACACAAUUUUUUCCAAAAGUUUACUAAGGGUUGGCAACAGGCUGAUUGGUCGGCUAUUUGAGCCAGUAAAGGGGGCUUUACUAUUCUUGUGUAGCAGAAUGACUUUUGCAUACCUCCAGGCCUGAGGGCACACACUUUCUAGUAGGCUUAAAUUGGAGAUAUGGCAAAUAGGAGUGGCAAUAUCGUCCGCUAUUAUCCUCAGUAAUUUUCCAUUCAAGUUGUCUUUGUAAUUUUUUCACGUCUUCCACACUAACUUUACAGAAUUCUAAAUGACGCUUGUCUUUCAUAAUUUGGUCAGAUAUACUUGGAUUUGUGUAAAGAUGUUUUCCUCAGAAUAUACAAAUCAGGUCCAUAAUUACUUGACACCCUUGAUAAAGAUGAGCAAAAAAGACUGUAUAAAAUAAAUAAUUCAAAUACUGAGCUAUAUUGUAUGCUCAAAAAAGCAGAGAAAUUAUAUUAUUUUAUACUAAAAAAAUUGUUUAACAAGUAAUCCAUUAUCAUAUAUUUUUUUUUACAUAGGUGUCAAAAUUAUUGGCAACACUGUUUCCAAUACUCCGGCACCCUCCCCUUGCAAGGAUAAUAGCAAUUAGCCUUUUUCUAAAAUUAGAUUGGAGAACAUAUUGGGAGGGAUCUUAGAUCAUUCCUCCAUACAGAAUCUUUCCAGAUCCUUGAUAUCCUUCAUCUGCGCUUAUGGACUGCCCUCCUCAAUUCAAACCACAGGUUUUCAAUGGGGUUCAAGUUCGGAGACUGAGAUGGCCAUUAUAAAAUGUUGAUUUUGUGGUCAAUUAACAAUUUUUUGUGGAUUUUAAUGUGUGAUUGGGGUUAUUGUCUUGCUUGAAGAUCCACUUGCGGCCAAGUUUCAGCCUCCUGGCAGAGGCAACCAGGUUUUGGGCUAAAAUGUCCUGGUACUUGGUAAAGAAUCUUUAGGGGUGCCAAUAAUUUUGACACAUAUAUUUUUGCGAAAAAAAAUAGUAUUACUUGUUAAACAAAAUCUCUUUCUAACCCUACAAUGGAGAAAAAUGUAAAUCAAGUGUUUUGGGGUUAUUUAGUUAUUGGUGUUAAAACCAAUGGUUUAAAACUAAAUAUUUUAAAUGAUCUUCUCAGAAUGCCAGUAAUCCCCUGAAAUCCAGCAAUAUUAUUAAUGCCACACUGCUUCUAUUUUUCAUUAUGUUUUAGCUGACUUUUAAUGUAGGCCCAUUGUUGAUGUAGGCUGGAUUAGAGAACUCAGAGGAAAACAUCACAGUUUUACAUUUUUUUGUAGCAGAUUUGUAUCUUAAAACGAUGAACGGAGCAUCUGCACUGCAUACCUACCGUAAACAAACUUUAUCUAACAGCCAGAGGCCUAUGGCACAGUAGCAAGUCUGGCAGAAAUGAUUUGGUUUUCCUCUCAUUACAAGCUUUUAAGGAAGUUGAAGCAUUUGACUGUCAGUCUGUCACAAAUCUCAGUGAAACAUUAUUCUUGAUGAAAGCGAAAUCUGUUUUUUGGCUCUUCCCUGAGUGCUCUCUAAUCCUUGUUGUUCGUCCAACAUAGUGCUAUUUUCCUCUGAUGCAACAGCAACACUACGUACAAGAUAAAACAUUUCCCCUGGUUAACUUUAAAUGUGAACAGUAGCAACAGCAAUUGCAAGUCUAAGCUCCAAAGUAGCUCCUACUAACAAAUGCUUUUGAAAGCAAUAUGUCUGGGGUGAGUGGUCCUUGCCACCUGACCCCAGGCGUCAUUAUGUGCCUCCUGAUGUUCCCUGUCUCAAUUAGUGUAUGUCAAACCCUUUGCUCCACUUUAAAGUGCUCAUUAACCCCCCUUUAACCCCCUCUUGGCCUCCUCUCUCUGUAUCUCCAGGUGUCUGGAGCUCAUUAACCCCCCUUUAACCCCCUCUUGGCCUCCUCUCUCUGUAUCUCCAGGUGUCUGGAGCUCCACCCCAACAACCUCCAGGCCCUCAUGGCCCUGGCGGUGAGCCUGACCAACACGGGCAUGAGGCAGGACGCCUGCGAGGCACUGCUGCGCUGGCUCCGCCACAACUCCAAGUACAAGCACCUACUGAAAGGAAAGAGCCACCUGGCGGGCUCCCCGGGCUCCCAACGUAGGAUGUCUCGUGUCUCUACUGUGGGCAGAUAUGAGAGGUAUAAGGACUGGAUAGCACUAGCAUAGAUUCCAUAGGUGUAAGUACUGGAUAGCACUAGCAUAGAUCCCAUAGGUGUAAGUAUUUAUUUGUAUUUGUAUUUAUUAGGUAUCCCCAUUAGCUGCUGCCAAAGCAGCAGCUACUCUUCCUGGGGUCCAAACAUAGUAAAGCACUUACAUUACAUAUAAAACAAAAGAUAAAACAGUACAUCAUAUGACAUUAUUACACCACUACCUAUCUACAAUACAAAAUGUUUAAUACCACCAUACAACAAUAUCACAAUGCGUGCGUAUGUAUGUGUCUGUACGUUUUGUGUGUGUCUCUUCACAGUCCCCGCUGUUCCAUAAGGUGUAUUUUUACCUGUUUUCUAAAUCUGAUUCUACUGCUUGCAUCAGUUACCUGAUGUGGAAUAGAGCUCCAUGUAGUCAUGGCUCUAUGUAGUACUGUGCACCUCCCAUAGUCUGUUCUGGACUUGGGGACCGUGAAGAGACCUCUGGUCUAAGUACUGGAUAGCACUAGCAUAGAUCCCAUAGGUGUAAGUAAGUGCAUGCUCAUUUGUAGGAGAACGUUAUAGGAUGACUGUACAAUGUUGAGAAAGAGAAGAGAUACAGGCCAGUCAGGAUUACACAAUUAACAUUGGAGUAGCAUGACGCACUACACUAAGUGGCGGGGCACCUUCAUUGGACAUCACUAAAUCUGACAUUACAUGACAUUUUAUUUUAAGCAAAUGGCUGGCACGAUCUCUGUGUCCUUUACAGUCUCUUUGCCUGAGCACUGUGACAAUAUUACACAAUGGCUGAUUGAUGCAUAUUUUAUGCUAUGGUGUGCUUUAUGUCGCCCGCUCAGUUAUGAUAUCUUUAGCCGGGCCGUUUUAGAAACUAAUUCGUUACAGUGUAAUGACUAUUACCCCUGUCGUCAAUGAAAGGAAAAGUUAUUUCAAGGUCUUUCAACCACAGCUGGUCUGGGUGUAAUUUUAUUGCCGAUCAAGCAAGCAUGCUCGCACGUAUUCAUCGUCAAACAACCACAAUUCAGGGGAUCUCCUUCCUUUUUACUUUAAAGGCAGUACUUUCAGGUGUCACAUGAAGAGAAAAUAACUUUAUCAAUUAGGAGUCUAGCUAUAUAAUGAAUUCUCCCCUUUAUAGGAAAGGCAUGACUUUAUCAAAUAUUUUACUCAAACAGUGAGAGCUCCUGAGAGCGAGAACGGAGAGAGAGAGAGAGAGAGAAGAGAGAGGAUAGAGAGAGAGGACGAGGCUCGAGGAGAAGAGCGUAGACGAGUGCAUAAUCAUAGGUACGCGCUUCGAUGCUGAGAUUAGAGAGCAUAGCGCAAUCAGAUCUCCUCUCUCUCUCUCUCUAUCUCUCUACUCCUCUCUCCUACUCUCUCUCGCUCUCUCUGGUCCAGUGUGUCUCUACUCUCUGUGGGCUCUAAGUCCAGUGUGUCUGCCCACAGCUCUCUACUGCCUGAGGUGAAGGAUCUGUUUCUGGAGGCAGCCCAGCAGAACAGGGACACCGACCCAGACCUGCAGACGGGCCUGGGAGUGCUGUUUAACAUUAGCGCAGAGUUCAACAAAGCUGUGGAGGCAUUCAAUGCUGCCCUGACGGUGCGGCCAGAGGUAGAGUGGCCGUGUAAACACACAAACACUGUGAUUGUCAAUCUGACUUUACACAAAUGUGCGCGCGCACACACACACACACACACACACACACACACACUCAAGCACAGACAGCCGACUGAUCAGUCAUGAAUCCCCACAACAUGAUCCUUCCCAAGACAGAGAUAGAGCUCAUGCAAACAGAAUCACUGAGGCGCACCAUACUGUCUCACAUCACUGAAGCACUGCAUCCCACUGAGACGCACCCCACUGUCUCACAUCACUGAAGCACUGCAUCCAAACUGGAGAGCUUUGAGCUGAGAAAUCCAGUUUCAUGAACUCCCAUCUGAUUCACCCUCACUGCACUAGCAUCUGCCUGUUGCAGCUCCAACCCCUAUCCUUUAACCCUGUCCCACAGCAGUGGGCAUAUGAGCACUGUCUGCUAAAUCCACCCCCUCUGCAUUUGACUUGGUAAUGCCCUCUCCCCUGCAGACAACUUAGAGCUGAAUACAAGUGGAGAUCAUGAUACCAUGCUGCUAGGCUUAGCACAAAAGGCUUGCUGCAUCAUAUCGGGCCGUGCCCCGUGUAUACGUUGAUCUAUCCCCAGGUGGGAGACAUGUAACCAAGGAGUCAAGGACAGACGGGGUGAUGUAACCGAACCAUCCUCAAAUGAUCCUUGGAACUUAAGCCUUGCUUGGUUUUCACAGGGGUGUUUUUUCACAGGGUGAUUUUUCACAGGGUGAUUUCAACGGGAGAUAAAAAGUAUAUAUCACAGAUUGUAAAGGCACCAUCACAUCACAGUACCUACAUUACAGUCAUUAACACACAAAAGAUACAGGGGAAGAACUGGCAAAUGAUGUACCCCUCUCAGAAAUGUUAUAUCGUGGUGUCGGAAUUGAUUCCGAACAUGCCGUUAUAUCGCAGACAAAAUUCUACUUAUUUUUAUUUGCAAAUCUCCUCUACCAAAACAGGCACUGUUCCUUUCUGAUUGGACUUCGCAUUACACUACAUAACAAUUAGCAUUAGCACGAAAUACGUCACAAUGCUAAACCAUUGAAGUGAAGUAGCAUCUGAUGGGAGAGAAAAAAAACUACAUCUCAGUCGACAGUGGCUGGGUUCACAGACCAUGACACUGUCCGAAACCAAACAUCAAAAGCAACCACUAUCCUAAGUGUCACCAUUCUGUUCCUCCGCCGUUGACUCCUGCCCCCCCCCUGUAUGUCCCCUCCAGGACUACCUGCUGUGGAAUCGCCUGGGGGCCACACUGGCUAACGGGGACCGCAGCGAGGAGGCGGUAGAGGCUUACACCCGAGCCCUGGAGCUCCAGCCGGGCUUCAUUAGGUCCCGGUACAACCUGGGCAUCAGCUGCAUCAACCUGGGAGCACACCGGUGGGUGAGCAGGGGGUCAGGGGAGGGGUGGAGGGGGGGGUCUAACUAAGAUCCAGCUGGUGCUCUUUAAAACAGCACCUGGCACCGUAGCAUGGGGCUUUGAGUUUCUGCUCUGGUGGAGUCAGUGGAGUGGGGUGAGGCAGGGACACUGAGUAACAUUGAGCCUAAUAAUGCUAUCUCUUACAGUUGUGUGAAGUUCAACCACUAUAAUGUUACAAGUAACAACAAAGUCCCUAUUUAAAUGUGUCAAACACAUCAGCCCUGAACCUAGUAACAUUUGCUUUAAUGUAAGUCAUCAUGAUAGCAACUAAUCACAUGGUUCUCCGAUAGUCAAACCUUCCCCUUGUCUUGUAGGGAGGCGGCCAGUAACUUCCUAACAGCCCUGAGUCUGCAGAGGAAGAGCCGCAGUCAGCAGCUCUCGCACCAGGUCAUGUCGGGGAACAUCUGGGCCGCCCUGCGGAUAGCCCUCUCCAUGAUGGACCAGCCGGAGCUCUUCCAGGCGGCCAACAUCGGAGACUUGGACCUUCUCAUGAAAGCGUUCAACCUGGACAUGUGA